UCUCUCUCUGACCCUCUCUCGCCUCUAUAUAACCCCAUUGAGUUGGUUUCCUCCACGCAAAAGAGAAACUCAGUGUGUUAUACGACAAAGGUACCUGAUACUUUAUUCAUUCCUUGAAAAUACAUAGCCUCUACCCAAUAUACAAUAACCCAUUGGGCAUUGAUUGUAAUUUGCAAUCUGCUAUUUCUUUUUUUUUUCUUUCUCUUUUUUGGAUUUCACGAAAUUUUCUCAUAUUAUCUAUCACCUUAAUCUGCUGCUUGCUCACCUAUAUUACUUUUAAUGUGCCGACAAAUGAGAAAAAAGCAAGUCCUUGUUUUGGAUGCUUUGGUCUCCUAUUCUUCCUCAUACCCAUUAUUGAUUGUUGAAUCCUGAACCUGUUCCUGUGUUGGGUUCAUUUACUUUUGAUCGGAAUCGGUUCCCAAAGCGAAAUCGGUAUCUGGGUACCCUGGAUUUUGCUUGUUUAUUACCUCUAAAUUUGGGCAAAUCUUGUGACGGCUUCUAUCCUCUUGGUGUUUGUUUCUUGUGACUAACUGGAGGCUCUUAGAACUUUGAAAAUAUCUGCUUCUUGUUUUUCUACCGCUGUAAUAAUAUAUGGGCUGAGGUGCACAUUUCAUGGGAGGUGUGGGAGAUGAAGAACCAGCCACAAAACGCAUGAAAUUAUCCCCUGGACAAUUGAGAGGUCUAUCCAACGGUUCAUCUAUUACAGAGCCUGUAGCUGGCUCUUCAAGAGACUUGAUGGCUCGGCCCCUAACAUCUGAAGGGGACGAAGAGGUUGUUGGUUCAAAAGGAGUUAUUAAGAGGGUGGAAUUUGUCCGACUAAUAGCAAAGGCACUAUAUUCUCUUGGCUAUAAGAAAAGUAGUGCUCAUUUGGAAGAAGAGUCUGGGAUACCGUUGCACUCUUCUGUGGUAACUCUUUUUAUGCAGCAAAUUCUGGACGGAAAUUGGGAUGGAAGUGUCGACACAUUGCAAAAAAUUGGUCUAUCAGAUGAAAACAUUACUAAAUCAGCCUCCUUUAUGAUAUUGGAGCAGAAGUUCUUUGAACUUCUAGAUGAUGAAAAAGACAUGGAUGCACUGAAGACAUUGAGGACUGAGAUUGUACCUCUCUGCAUCAAUGGUAGUAGAGUUCGUGAGCUUUCUUCCUGCAUAGUUUCGCCUUCAUUUGGUGGGACUCCUGGUAAAAACAUUGCAAGGGCCAAGUCUCGGCCAAAGUUACUGGAAGACUUGCAGAAACUGCUUCCCCCAACAGUUAUGAUACUUGAAAGACGGUUGGAACAUUUGGUUGAACAGGCCCUAGUCUUACAACGUGAUGCUUGCAUUUUUCACAACUCCUUGAACGAGGAAAUGUCUUUGUACACUGAUCAUCGAUGUGGGAGAGAUCAGAUUCCUUCUCGAACAUUACAGAUAUUACAAGCACACAGUGACGAAGUCUGGUUUCUGCAAUUUUCACACAAUGGGAAAUACUUAGCUUCAUCAUCAAGUGAUCGAUUAGCAAUCAUAUGGGAGGUUGAUGUGAAUGGUUGUGUUUCUUUAAAGCAUAGACUAUCUGGUCACCAGAAACCUGUUUCCAUAGUUUCAUGGAGUCCUGAUGACCAUCAGCUCCUCACCUGUGGAGUGGAGGAGGUGGUCAGGCGUUGGGAUGUUUCUUCUGGUGAAUGCCUCCAUGUUUAUGAAAAACCUGGUCUUGGUCUGGUGUCCUGUGGAUGGUUUCCAGAUGGAAAAUGGAUAUUCUCUGGUGUCAGUGACAAGAGCAUCUGCAUGUGGGAGUUAGAUGGGAAGGAGCUGGAGUGCUGGAAAGGCCAACGAACUUUACGAAUCUCUGAUUUGGAGAUAACCAGUGAUGGGAAGCAAAUUAUAAGUACUUGUAGAGAUAAUGCUAUAUUACUACUUGACAGGGAAGCCAAAGUUGAGAUAUUGAUUGAAGAGGAUCAAACUAUAACUUCUUUUUCAUUAUCAAGAGAUAAUAGGUUCUUGUUGGUUAAUCUUCUGAACCAAGAAAUCCAUCUCUGGAGCAUAGAAGGUGAAAUCAAGCUUGUUGCUAAGUACAAAGGUCACAAACGCACCCGAUUUGUUAUCAGGUCUUGUUUUGGUGGACUUGAACAAGCUUUCAUCGCUAGUGGUAGUGAGGAUUCACAGGUUUACGUAUGGCAUAGAGGCUCAGGGGAGCUCAUAGAGGCAUUGCCAGGUCAUUCUGGAGCUGUUAAUUGUGUCAGCUGGAAUCCAACAAACACACACAUGUUAGCCUCAGCCAGUGAUGACCGUACAAUUCGGAUAUGGGGCCUAAAGGAGCUAAAAGUGAAACACAGGGAUGCACACAGCAAUGGCGUCCAUUAUUGCAAUGGGGGAACUUGAAAAAGACUUGAAAAGCAAAUUGCUGGUUAUAAUUUCUCUGACCAUUGCUUUUAUGUAAAUACCUUAUCAUCGUCAAAAUCAGACAUUCAUGUCAAACAAGCAUGUGGAUUGUGCAGCAAGUAUCUAUAAUAAAUCUACUAUUUCAUUUAUAGUA